AACUACAACCUGCUCAAUUCUCACUGCUUUAUCAACGUUCAACCAGAAGACAUCAUGUCGUUUUUUAAUUUCCGUAAGAUAUUUAAGCUGGGUGCCGAAAAGAAGAAGAAGCAGUAUGAACAUGUGCGCAGAGAUGAGAAUCCGGAGGAGAUCUGGGAGAUAGUGGGAGAACUGGGAGAUGGAGCCUUCGGGAAAGUCUUUAAGGCUCAGAACAAGCAGACGGGGGUCCUGGCUGCUGCCAAAGUGAUCGAUACAAAGACGGAGGAGGAGCUGGAAGACUACAUGGUGGAGAUCGACAUCCUGGCCUCCUGCGAUCAUCAGAACAUCGUCAAACUGCUGGACGCUUUUUAUUAUGAGAGCAAACUAUGGAUCCUCAUUGAGUUCUGUGCUGGAGGCGCUGUGGACGCUGUCAUGCUCGAACUGGAGAGACCUCUGACUGAGCCUCAGAUCAGGGUGGUGUGUAAACAGACUCUGCAAGCGCUCGUCUACCUCCAUGAAAAUAAAAUCAUCCACAGAGACCUGAAGGCCGGGAACAUCCUCCUCACUCUGGAUGGGGAUGUAAAGCUGGCUGAUUUUGGCGUGUCGGCAAAAAACACUAAAACGCUGCAACGGAGGGAUUCUUUCAUCGGAACUCCUUACUGGAUGGCUCCUGAGGUGGUGAUGUGUGAGACAUCCAAGGACCGUCCCUACGACUACAAGGCUGACAUCUGGUCCCUUGGAGUCACCUUAAUUGAGCUGGCACAGAUAGAGCCUCCGAACCACGAGAUGAACCCAAUGAGGGUCCUGCUGAAGAUCGCCAAGUCGGACCCUCCCACCCUGAUGCAGCCGUCACGCUGGUCUCCUGAGUUCAGUGAUUUCCUGAAGCGCUGCCUGGACAAGAACCUGGACAGCAGAUGGAGCGCACCGCAGCUUCUUCAGCAUUCGUUCAUCUCAACUGUAACUGACAGUCGUCCUCUGAGGGAACUGAUCGCUGAAGCAAAGGCUGAGGUUACCGAGGAGAUUGAAGAGCACAAAGAGGAAGAGGAGGAGGAAGAAACUGAAGCACAUCUGGGCCACAAACGUGCUCCAUCUGACGUCAGUGUUGCCAGCUCCGAGGAUGAAAAGAUCCCUCUGUCGCCCUUGGAAUCCCUCCCUGAGAAGAUGGAGCCGAUCCUACCUGUUCCCUCCCCGGCAAAGCUUCCCGUUUCCAACCAUGUGGUGGAAGCAGAGGAGCGAACAGAGGAAGCACCAAACACUCCAGUGAAAGAAGAGCCUGAACAGAAACCAUCCGAGGAGAGCGUUCCGGAGGCAGAGCCUGACGUGGCUUCCCCCGUGUCAGAGACUGAACCAGACACACCGUCCAAGGAGCUGCAGCAGUUAGCUAUAGACGUGGAGGACGAAAAGGAAGUGGACACCGCAGAGGUUCCUGACAGCUCUGAGAUUUCUGAGCCUCCUCCAGAGGAAAGCUCACCAAUGGAAGGAGAAGCAAGCACUCCAGCAGAGGAGGAGGAGGAGGAGGAGGAACGAUACAAACACCUCAAAGUGACUCUGACUCUGCCAGAGCAGGAGAAAGAAGCCCUAAAAGAGGAAAAGGAAGAGCCGCCUGCAGAAAAGGACUUAAUGAAUGCAGAGGAGGAGAAGAAGGUGCCAGAUAAAGCCAAAGAUGAAAAAGAGAGAGAUUCUGAUUCAGGAAGGGGCUCAGCUGCAGAUAACAGCAGCGUGGACCUCAACCUCUCUAUUUCUAGCUUCCUGUCCAAAACAAAGGAACCCGGCUCUGUUUCCAUACAGGACUCUAAGAAGCAGAAGAAGACGCUGAAAAAGACUCGUAAAUUCAUGGUGGAUGGGGUGGAAGUCAGCGUGACCACAUCAAAGAUCAUCUCAGAUAACGACACUAAGAACGAGGAGAUGAGAUUCCUCAGGCGGCAGGAGCUGAGGGAGCUGCGUCUCCUGCAGAAAGAGGAGCAGAGGGCCCAGCAGCAGCUCAGCAACAAGCUGCAGCAGCAGAAGGAGCAGAUCUACAGGCGCUUUGAGCAGGAGACCACUAGUAAGAAACGUCAGUACGACCAGGAGGUGGAGAACAUGGAGCGGCAGCAGAAACAGACCAUAGAGAGGCUGGAGCAGGAGCACACCACCCGUCUGCGAGACGAAGCCAAACGCAUCAAAGCCGAGCAGGACAAAGAGCUGGCCAAGUACCAGAACAUGCUGAAGAACCGCAAGAAAGAGGAACAAGAGUUUCUGCAGAAGCAGCAACAAGAUCUGGACAGCGCGCUGAAGAAAAUAAUCCAGCAGCACAAACAUGAGCUGGCCACCAUAGAGAGAGACUGUCUGAACCACAAGCAGCAGCUGCUCAGAGCAAGAGAGGCUGCGAUGUGGGAGCUGGAAGAACGCCACCUGCAGGAGAAACACCAGCUGUUCAAGCAGCAGCUCAAAGAUCAGUACUUCAUGCAGAGACACCAGCUGCUGAAGAGACAUGAGAAGGAGAUGGAGCAGAUGCAGCGCUACAACCAGCGACUGAUCGAGGAGCUGAAGAACAAGCAGACCCAGGAGAGAGCCCGGCUGCCCAAAAUCCAACGCAGCGAGGCCAAGACACGCAUGGCCAUGUUUAAGAAGAGCCUACGCAUCACGGGAGCUCUGAUCACCCCCGAGCAGGAGAGGGAGAAGGUGAAACAGUUUGCUGCGCAGGAGGAGAAGAGGCAGAAGAACGAGCGUCUCCAUCAGCAGCAGAAGCAUGAAAACCAGAUGAGAGACCUGCAGCUGCAGUGCGACGCCAACAUCCGAGAGCUGCAGCAGCUGCAGAAUGAAAAGUGUCACCUGCUCAUCGAACAUGAGACCCAGAAGCUGAAGGAGCUCGAUGAGGAGCACAGCGUGGAGCUGAAGGAGUGGAGGGAGAAACUCAGACCCAGGAAGAAGGCGCUGGAAGACGAGUUCGCCAGGAAGCUGCAGGAACAGGAAGUGUUCUUCAAGAUGAGCGGCGAGUCCGAGUGCCUUAACCCGUCCAGCCAGAGCCGCAUCUCCAAGUUCUACCCGAUCCCCACCGUCCACUCUACUGGUUUCUAACGGAACCGACAAGCAGACCAUGACGCUGAAGGUUGAGCUGCUGCUGCUGCGCGGCUCCGGUCGCCAUAUCUGACGGAGCUCCAUCCUGUCUAAAAAUCCAGUGCCUGUAGAACCGGAAAUAUCUUCCCUUUUGGAUCGCUGCAGACGUUUGCACUAAGGAUUGGCUCUUUUUAUGGUUAAACAUGAUUUCUAAGUGAUUAUAAUACAGACGGUAUUUCUAACUAAAAACACUUCUCUCGAAGGAACAAGUUAUUUUAUAUUUUUAUGUAAUUUUAGAUUGUUUUGGUUUAGGCUGUGAUACUUUAAUCCUCAGUGGGACUUGAAUGCAGUUUUUCCUCUUCAGAGAGCUGAAAAUGGAGCAUUUUCCACUACUAGCUGUUAGCCUUAAUCAUUCAGUUAUACCAUAAAUCUGUUUCUGCGCCUUUAAGGAUUCAGACAUGUUG